AAAUCUCUCGAAGCUGAAAAUGUGAAAAACAAUUGAAAACAAAAAAGUUAAACCUAACAGACAGACUGAGAGAAAUACGGAAACAAGGUGCAGUGCAUAGUAAUCCUAUUUAACGUGUUUAAUUAACACGAUGCUUCAAUUGCUAUUGGCUGAAAAAGAAGACACACUCGUUUCUAAAAUAUAUCUAUCCCCAGCCUCUGCUAUGAAAUAGAGCUGAAAAUUAUGCCAUUAGCGAUACUGCGGGCAAACCAAGUGAUGGGGAUUUAAGUUUACCGUAACGAUACGCAAGUCGAAUUUGCCCGGGCUUUGUCACGAUUGUAUACCUAUUAGGCGUGUCGAUAUAGUCAGCAGCAGCCAUGGUGUAGUCAUAGAAACAGCUGAAACGUCAACAAUAUCUUUGCUUCUUGCUAGAAAUCCAUCGAUGUACUAAGACCGUGAGACGGUAACAGCUGUUGUUUGUCCUCCAGGGAGAAAUGAGCACUGUUCAUGGUUCAGUAGGAUCCCAUGCAAGUGUGGGAUUAUCUACCAAUAGUGAUGAUGGUGAUACAUUAGGUGCUGCUUCAGUGUCAGACAAAAAACAAGAAUCACCUUCAGAACCUCAAUUUGCCAGCAACAUCACACCUGAAGAUGUUUUAAAACUAAAAAGGAUAACUGAUGGCUACCUUUGCCAACCAGGUGCCAAUGUGUAUGAUAUCGAUUUCACCAGAUUUUGUAUCAGAGACUUAGAGAGUGGAACUGUUCUGUUUGAAAUUGCAAAACCACUGCCUCCCGAAUUAUGCGACAGUCCGCCAGGGGAUACAAAUGAAUUGGAUCCGAACGCCGGUCGGUUUGUACGUUAUCAAUUUACACCACAUUUUUUGAAACUUAGGACUGUUGGAGCUACAGUUGAAUUUGUCGUUGGUGAAAAACCUGUAAAUAACUUCAGAAUGAUAGAACGCCAUUUUUUUCGAGAUCGUCUGUUAAAGACCUUUGAUUUCGAGUUUGGUUUCUGCAUCCCCUACAGUAAAAAUACAUGCGAGCAUAUCUAUGAUUUCCCAGCUUUAUCUUCAGAAGCAAUGGAAGAGAUGAUCAACCAUCCGUUUGAGACUCGAUCAGAUUCAUUUUAUUUCGUCGAGAAUCGGCUGAUCAUGCACAAUAAAGCAGACUACGCCUACAAUGGGGGAACAAUUCAAAGUAACACGCAUAACGAGGUUUCCAAAUGAAAUUAACGAAUUAUUAUGAAUUAAUUAAUAAUAUAAGUAUACGUUCGUCAUUCCCCUAAAAGUUCUUGCUGAAAUGGCCAAUUUAUUUUACGGUUUGAAUCUUUCACUGUCAUACGAUUAAUACAGAUGUUCGCUAGUUGGACCUCAAAAUUAGUUUAUAUUGUUCAUGGGAAUACUUUGAGCGCACAUGCAUCCCAAUUCAACCUCAGGUUACCAAAAAUAAUCUAGCAUUCGAAAGGUGUAUGUAAUUGAGCUAAGAUAAGAUCCCCUUCCUUGUUAUGUUGUCCUGUAGUUAACGUAAAUUGCAUUUUCCAAAUAAAAAAUGACGAAUGUA